AUGCCUGUUGAGCCGCCGACCGCAGAGGAAUGGGAGAAGCAUCGGAAGCUCAUUGCGGACCUGUACACGCGCCGGACCCUCAAGGUCAUCAGGGCGCACCUCAAAGAUGUUCAUGGGUUCAAUGCGACCGAGACUCAUGGCCAAACCCCCCCGGGUUUCCCAUCCGCAUUAAAACCACCCUUGGCAUCUCCCUACCCCAUUGACACCGGGGUAGAUUCCCGCUCUACGACCUACGUCGGUACCCCGGGACCGGCAUCGUUCCCACCAACACCAGUGUCAACCUUGGGGUACAGAUCACCUACCGUCUACGAGUCGGAGGACAUAAAUGUGGAUCCGGACGUACUAUGCAUCGAGAUUGUCAACAUUGCAAUUUCGAUACUGUCCAGACUAGUUCAAGAAAGGCCUGUCGGCACGGGUUUCGAAGGUUGCACACCGACGGAGGAUCAUAUCACGAUAUAUCGGACACUACAGGAGGACCUCAAGCACGAAAGCUAUAUAAGAGGCUGCCUUGUAAACAACACAUCUGCGGCGCCCACUUCCUCCUUGGGAGAGCGAGUUAAAGACCUAUUGAAAUCAUACCAUCCGGCAAUGCCGAUCGGCCUGUUGAGCGCCGUCAACCAGUGUAUGGACCACAACACCAUUCAAGAACUGGUCUUUUGCCUCACCAGCUCUUCCGCCGCUGUUCUCCCACGGGACGACGACUUUAUCCACCUAGCGCACAGGCUCCGUCGGCUGCUGGCCAUUACAAGCUUCGAAAAGUUCCAACAAUUCAUGGAGCAAAUCUGCCAAAGCCUCGAGUCAGAGGUCGUCAAAGUCCUCGGGAGAAGAAGCCUGGUGACGAUCUACCUGAUGUUCCUGCUCAGCGCCAAGAAGGCGAAGCGCGAGCGCAAGCCGGACAACAAAAUCCUGACCAUGGCUUUGGAGAGCAUGGCCCACGUUCAACAUGCAUAUCAAGACGACCCGAAGCUGAUCAUGCAGUUCAGCCUCUUCAUCACCGGCUACUGCGCCCUUGCCGGGCCGGAGGGGAAGUUCGAUCGAGGCGUCCUCGACAUGGCCGAAGACUGCUGCGACCGGGCGGAAAAGUAUCUUAUCAAACUGGAAUCGACCGAUGGGAGCAAGCAAGCCGACAUCAGGGACGCCAAGUCCCACUAUGGGAAAAGCUGCUCGUUGUUGGCAGACUGCCGCUAUGCGCAAGGCAACGAGUCGUACGUAGAGCAUCGCGAAGAGCUUCACAGAUCCUCGCGUAGGCUGCUGAUGCUGGCAAUCGCGUGCCAUGUCGAUUGCUCGCUGGGGACCAUGGCGCAGUUUGAGCGACACAAGCAGAAGUUGGAGCGGUGGUGUCAUGAUGCAAAUGACACUCCGCGGCUGCAGCAGCUAAAGGUCGUCGAGAACCUUAUCACUGAGUACAAACAACGGCCAAAGGACGGGCCUCUGGUUCCAAGGCUGCCGGUCUUGCAGUUGAUCGAAGGCACAACAGAGAACGCCUCGCCUCGCCUUGGUGAUGGGGGAGGCUUUUUGAACCGGCAAUUGGUAGCCACGAAGAUAACACCAUAA